AUGUGGUCGGUGAAAUCAGCGGCCGUUGUGGCGUUAAUCAUCUGGGUGAUCGUGCUACUCUAUCUAUCACAAAGUCUCUUCUCAUUGCAGGGGAAAGCCGAUUCCUAUGCAGAUGCCUCCGGGGUGACUUCCCGUUUGGACGAGGCGUUGUCGAAUAUUCGAGAGUUGAAAAAGCAAAAUGAUCGACUACAGGAGAUGAUACAACAAGAGCGAAAAGAUCGUGAUGGGCUGGAUAAAAGGCGACUAAAAGAGACGGAGAAAGUCGAGAAAUUGAAUCGGAUACGGGAAAAUCGCGAAGAGCCAGUGAAAUUGCAAGAAGUCGCGCCAAAACCAUUGAGCGAGCAAGGAGCAGCCUCGGGACCGUCCAGAGUCGGAGAAGAGCUCCGCCGUGGUCUCGAUCAGCGAAUCUGGGAGAUUUUCUACUAUCUACGAAGCGAAUUCAAGAAAAGCGACAAAGAGCCCAGCUACAAAAAUCACACAAUUGAUCAGCUAAUCCAUCUCUUGGCCUAUUCAUCAAACAUCUCCGAUACGCAAGCCGAUUGGAGAAAAGCUUCAUUGGAAGCGCUCAGCGAGAGAAUUCAGAAGAAAAUCGACGAGAUUCAAAAUCCGGAUGAUUGCGCGAAGGCUAGAGUUCUCGUUUGCAAUCUCGACAAACAAUGCGGUUUCGGUUGUCAAUUACAUCACGUCGGUUACUGUUUCACAGUGGCUUUCGGUGAGGGGAGAACGCUCAUUUUGACAAACGAUGGGAAAAGUUGGAGAUACUCAAAACGAGGCUGGUCGGGUGCGUUUUUGCCUAUUUCCAAGUGCACUCACGCGGCGGCGGUGAAUGGUGAAGGAGUGGCGUCAUACCGGCAAAACUCUGAGCGACGGGUUGUCGAGUUGCCGAUCGUCGACGCGUUACAGGAUCGUCCUAAAACUCUUCCACUUUCUUUCCCAAAGCAACUCGAAGAUGAGAUGAUCAAAUUGCACUCGAAUCCACCUCUAUACUUCAUCAGUCAGUUUCUUUGGUAUUUGAUGCGAAACAACGCUGAAAUGGAGAAAGUCAUCGAGAAAGCCGUCUCGAAUGUUCCAUUUGGAGAGGGUCCAAUCGUCGGGAUCCAGGUGAGAAGAACGGACAAAAUUGGCACGGAGGCCUCGUUUCAUUCGGUCGAUGAAUACAUGGAAUGGACUGAGAUUUGGUUCCGUGUGCAAGAGCUUCGACGGGGUCAUCCGUUGAAAAGACGCGUUUUUGUCGCCUCCGACGACGCAUCUGUUUUACCGGAGACCAAGAAAAAAUAUUCAAACUACGAGGUUUUUGGCGAUGUGGACAUUGCGGACACGGCGAAAUUGAUGUCUCGGUAUUCAGAUGCCUCAAUGUACGGUGUGGUGACGGACAUUCAAUUGCUGAGUCGAUGCGACUACCUCGUGUGCACUUUCUCAAGCCAGGUGUGCCGAAUGGGCUACGAGUUGAUGCAAGUGAGGCGGCCUGAUGGCGAAGCUUUCCACUCGCUUGACGAUUUGUACUAUUACGGUGGACAACACGAUCACCAGCAAAUCGUCAUCGAGGAUCAUGUGCCUGAGCGGGACAACGAGAUCGAGUUGAAAGUCGGCGACAGCGUUGGAGUGGCUGGGAAUCAUUGGGAUGGUUACAGUAAGGGAAAGAAUCGACGAACGCAAAGACAAGGAUUAUAUCCAAGUUACAAGGUGAUCGAGAAGUGGCGAAUCAUCGAUUUUCCCGUGUUCAACAAU